GACAGACACCAUUCCUCCCUCUCGCUCGCUCUCUCUCCCCCUGCCUCCCUCCCUUUUUCCCCUUAUCCAUCUUUAGCAGGGGUCAAUUGCAUUUUCUUCUUGGUCUUGUAUGAUCCAGCUCCAGCCCUAACCCCCCGUCUAUUUGUCCCCAAACAGCUUGCUCUCCUCCCCUCAACGCAAGCUGCCCGCGCUAUUCCCGCAUCAACAUAUCAGAAUGGCUUUCCUCUUUAGUCGUGGUCGGUCUCGACAGCCCUCGGAUCUGGUUAGAUCGAUCAAAGAUCUGUUGCCGAGAUUACCUGAAAAAUUGCCCGAUCCAUCGGCAACCAACAAGGUUGCAGAUGACUUGGCGAGACAGCUCUCUCAGGUGAAAUUGAUUGUGCAAGGAACCCAAGAGAUCGAAGUUUCGCCCGAGCAAGUGCAUGCGCUCGUCCAGGCGACACUGCAAGAAGACUUGCUUUACGAGCUCUCUCGAUACCUUCAUCGCCUCCCAUUCGAAGCCCGGAAAGAUACGCAGACCAUAUUCUCCCAUGUUCUCCGAUUCAAACCCGGCCAUGGGAAUCACGCCGAUCCGCCCGUUAUCUCCUACAUCGUCCACAACCGCCCCGAGAUCAUUAUCGAGUUGUGCAAGGGCUACGAAUACAGUCCUAGUGCCAUGCCAUGCGGCACUAUUCUGAGGGAGGCACUAAAGUUUGACGUGAUUGCCGCCAUCAUUCUCUAUGACCAGUCCCAGGAGGGCGAGCCCGCCAUCCGACUGACGGAAGUGCAGCCGGGCAUUCCUCAGGGGGGAACCGGCAUAUUCUGGAAGUUCUUCACCUGGAUCGAUCGGGGAAGCUUCGAACUGAGUGCCGACGCCUUUACGACCUUUCGGGAAAUCCUGACGCGUCACAAAUCUCUCGUUACGGGAUACCUAGCGACAAACUUCGACCGAUUCUUUGGGAUGUUCAACUCGACACUGGUGCAGUCGGACUCGUACGUCACCAAGCGUCAAAGCAUCAAACUCCUGGGAGAGAUCCUGCUGGACCGGGCCAACUACAACGUGAUGAUGGCGUAUGUCGAGAGUGGCGAGAACCUCAAACUGUGCAUGAAGCUCCUGCGAGAUGAUCGGAAGAUGGUUCAGUAUGAGGGAUUCCACGUUUUCAAGGUGUUUGUUGCCAAUCCCAACAAAUCGGUGGCGGUGCAGCGAAUUCUCAUCAACAACCGAGAUCGCCUGCUGAAAUUCCUCCCCAAGUUUCUCGAGGAUCGCACCGAGGAUGACCAAUUCACCGACGAGAAGAGUUUCCUGGUGCGCCAGAUCGAGCUGUUGCCGAAAGAACCCAUCGAACCGACACGCUCUGCGCGGGAACCCUCUCGACCGGCGGCUGCGGUGGCUUAAAGAUCCCCAUUAUUCUUAUGUUGGUUGGUAUCUUGGCUUUUUUUUCUUUUUGUUCAAGUCCCAUGAUCGUCAUGACCAUCUGUACAGUGAUGCGGCAGAAAGGUCUGCCAUAUAUAUGUGAGCCGCGUCUUACGAAUUCUCGUUCGCAUCGAGGGACUGCUGGAAUCGGGCCUUCUUGGAGUUGCGGCGUGUGUUCAAUAUUCGGGAAUUUCUGAGUUUUGCCUUGUUUUGAUUUUUUGUUUUUUUGUCUGGUGGUUCAUUGAGAGGACGUUGCUAUGGGCAUUGGUCGGCCACAACGAAGGAGGAAAACAUGAAAGGGAAAAACCAAAACAAAGCCCUUGCUUUCACACGGGAUGUAGAUAGUGAGCGAAGUGGAUCGGAACCUGCAAUUUAUACGGUGGGAAAUCGAAUCAGAUCGCAGAGAUUC